CCGGUCCCGGUCCCGGUCCCGGUCCCGGCCCGCUCAUGGCGGCCCGGCGGCUCCGCGGCGCCCUCCAGCUCGGGGCGCGGCAGCGCCUGCGGGCCGGGGCGGCCCCGCCCUGCAGACACGCCGCCCUGUGCGGCCUCCGGCUCUCCCGCCUGGCCAGGCCGGGCCCCCCGCCCUGGGAGCCACGUUGCCCGCCCAGCAGGACCUUCCUGAGCCUCACCAACAAGCGCAAGGAGUACUCGGAGCGCCGCAUCAUCGGGUACUCGAUGCAGGAGAUGUACGACGUGGUGGCCAACGUGGAGGACUACAAGAACUUCGUGCCCUGGUGCAAGAAGUCGGUGGUGGUGUCGCGGCGCUCGGGGCACGUCAAGGCCCAGCUGGAGGUGGGGUUCCCGCCCGUGCUGGAGCGCUACACGUCCAUCGUCACCCUGGUCCGGCCACACCUGGUCAAGGCCGUCUGCACCGAUGGGCGCCUCUUCAACCACCUGGAGACCAACUGGCGCUUCAGCCCCGGCAUCCCCGGCUACCCCCGCACCAGCACCGUGGACUUCUCGAUCUCCUUCGAGUUCCGCUCCCUGCUGCACUCCCAGCUGGCCACCGUGUUCUUCGACGAGGUGGUCAAGCAGAUGGUGGCCGCCUUCGAGCGCCGCGCGGCCAAGAACUUCGGGCCCGAGACCCGCAUUCCCCGGGAGCUCAUGUUCCACGAGGUCCACCAGACGUGAGGGCGGCCGGGCCGGGCCCCCCCGGACUGUGCCGGGCUGGGCCUGCCCCGUGCCCACCCCCCAAAUAUUUAUUCAAGUGCGUCUCUGCUGCCGUUGCCUCAACAUCCCCCCGGCCCCGGGGGG